AGGAUCUGGCUCCGUGGCGUCAGCAUGAACUCAACGCUCAGCUGGACUAAAUCCUGCAGCUCCAACUCCUCAGUGGAGCAGCAGAUGUAUCCUACUGUGUAUUCUUUAUUCUUUGUCGUGGGUUUUCCAGCCAACUGCUUGUCUCUGUACAUAGCCUGGAAGCUGAUGUUGAAGGGGAACAGCAUGGCCGUCUACCUGAUCAGCCUGUCUGUUUCGGACCUGCUCUACACGGUUACGCUCCCUGUUUGGAUUGGAAUGGCCCUGCAGUGGAAUAUAUCUGAUGGUUUAUGCAGCGUGAUGUAUUUGAUCAUGUACAACAGCUUCUAUGUUGGCUCUGGUCUGCUCUGCUGCAUCUCUGUCGAUCGCUACCUCGCAGUGGUCUACCCUCUCCACUUUCACUGGGUCAGGGAGGUGAAAGCUGCUACAGUUUUUAGCACCGCGGUUUGGAUUCUGGAGAUUUUUGUCCACAUUCUCUUGCUUCACCACAUAGGAGAGCUGGAAUCUUUCAGCUACUUAUGCAACCAGCACGUGCCAAUGACACACAACGAUGCCGAUGUUGCCCUUGUUCGAGUUGUCCUCAGCUUCCUGUUUCCUGUUGCCAUCAUGACUUUCUGCUUUCAACAGAUCAUGAGGUCCCUCAAAAAGAGCACCUCCAUCCUAGAAGAAGAGCGCAGGAAAGUUGGAGUGCUGCUGCUGUUCCUCCUGCUCACCUACAUAGUUUCCUUUGUGCCCUACCAGACAGUCAUGUUCCUCCGGGUCAUUCUGGAGCCAGAGCAGUGCAGCUGGGCCCAGAGGUUCAGAGAUCCGUACCUGGUCACCGUAGCCACGACGACUCUGAACAGCACUCUGGAUCCGAUACUCUACUGUUUGAUUAACGACAGCGCUAAGAGAGAGAUUCGCAAAGUUGUAAAGAAAGGGAGGAGAAGUUUUAUCAAAAAGACAACACGCAUUCAAGCAAUUUCUUGA